AUGCAGGCCAAUCAUAGCGUCAACAAUAGAUCUCAUCAAGAAAUAGAUGGUCUUGCACAGAUAGAGAGAGAUAGAUCGGCAGAACAAACGAGAAAAAGUCGGAGAAUAUACAAGUUAUAUCAAAAAGUAUGUGAGGAGGCAAUGAAACAUGAUAAAACCAUCGAGUUUGACCUAUACAAGAUUGCUGGGAUAUCUAUCUUAAGUGCAAUUUGGGUAUUGCGAUAUCUGGGGACAUUAUUGACUGAGUACCAAUCCACAUACGAGAAUGGGAUAAAUACAUCUAUGUCACCAGCGAUGUUUACCAGAGGAAUACAUUUGCUAGAAGCCUUCCAGGCUAGUGUUAAAACUACAUGUUACGUUACCGGCACUUUACUCUUUCUUACCUACAUCUGUGCACUUGACUGCUUAAGCUUCAUAAGAAACUUUACAGUAACAACCAGCAUGUGUAUCGCAAAGACGCUUUUUUUGAUUGUGCAGUAUAGUACUGCGUUCUAUGUUACGUCAUUUCUUCUUACUUUUACAAGUCAUUGGGCAUUUAUCUUUAUACUAUCCUUCUUCAACAUCACAUGGUUGAACCUCUUUAUAACGAUAUUGACCAAUAUUCACAAAAUAGUUAAGGAAAACGAUCAGGAAAAUGAGAACAACCAACCUGAAACUAGGAAAGACCGAGCUUCUAUGUCAGAAAUGAUAAGAUCGCUCCCGAAAAUGAUCCCAAUGAUUAGAUAUGGGAUUAUGCCAGGCCCACUAGCACUUGGAUUAGUGGGUUUGCUAACCAUAGCUAUAUUGACAAUAGAGUGCAAUACUGUGCUUAUUUGGGGCUACAUAGAAGCAACAAAACCUCAACUCUGCUACUUCACAUCUUUCGAAAUAGGUUGUAAUGCCUAA